AUGGAGAAACUACCGAUCCACUCUAAGGAGGCAUUUGGGGGAACAUUUGACCUGAACCAAUCUGAUCGGCAAACACGACCUACUGCGGCCAUUUGUUUCCGUCGGAUAUGCAUCGCCGUGGUGUUCCUUGUCGGCUACUAUCUAUUGCUUCUGAAACCAUCCAACAUAGGAUGUACUUCACCUGGUCAUCACAACACACACCUCCCAUCCGGGAGUUUUACCGAAGUUAAAGAUAUUCACGAUGAGAAUAACGAGCUGUCAAACAUGGGAUCUUUUGACCCAGGCACACGUAACGCACUGGCGCAAACUAAGAUCCCGCUGGAAGCUCACAUCAUGAGCAAAUGCCCAGACGCCCAAGCCUGCUUACAUAAAUUGGUCCUACCUGCCAUGGAACAAAUAAGUGACAAGGUAGACUUCAAGCUUUCAUUUAUCGCUAGUGUUUCCAAAAAUACCGAAGAGAUAGAAUGCAAGCAUGGUCCCGGCGAAUGUAUCGGUGACAUGCUUAUGCUCUGUGCGGCCAACCUUCCCUUCCCUGCCAUUUCGGACAGAACACUUCUUCCAUCUCAGUACCCUCGGACUCCUAUCAUCCGUUCGUUAGGAUUUGCAAAUUGUCUAAUCAAUGACUUUGCUGAGAUUCCAGAACGUGAAUUCGUGCACCAGUGUGCGAUGGAACAUGGGAUUGACUUCGAUGCCCUGAACAAAUGUGCAAGCCAGCAGAAUGAUGACCCAGACGACGGGGGAGAUGGUGGACCGCCACUAAGCGGCAUCGCACUGCUGCGUGAGAGUGCCCAACGCGGUGAGCAACUCGGCGUUAGGAUCAGCUGCACGGUGCGCCUGGAUGAUGCUGUCUGGUGCAUCCGUGAUAAUGAUGAAUGGAAAGAUUGUGUUCAGAAUGGCCAAGGGAGCCAACCCUCAGCCCUAAUUGACCAAGUUGAGAAGCUCUAUAAAGACAGAAACUAA